CUGCUAAAACGGCUCUCCAAGUCUUCCCUCUCUUACUCAAUACUUGGAGAGAGAGAGAGACAGAGAUUGAUUUUUUUCUGAAGAUUUGGAGAGACAGAGUGCAAAGCAUCAGAAGAGUCCUCCUCUUUAUGGACCAAAAUGGGGAAGAAGAAAUCUCGCUGUUUUGCCUCUCUACCCAACCCCUACGACUGGUUCCUCAAGUUCAAGAAUGCAGCCGAUCUAACCAGCAAACGUACAAAUUGCUCUAAUAACCAGAAAUUUACUUGCAGAAGAAAGUUGGUUAAUGAUGGAUUCUACAAUUCCAGUGAAAGCGCCGUUCUCUCUGAAUUUUCAAGUUCAAAUCUGUCUCCGGUUAAUAUCAACAGUGACAUCAGUCCAGAACAAGAUGGAUCAGAAGAACUGAUAAACAAUUCAUUGCUUCCUCUUCUUGACGAGAAUGAAUCCUUUAAAGCAAAUAUUGAUGGUUCUUCUGAAUCUGUGAAUUUUAGAAGGAGUUUGAGUGAUGGCUGUGAUAGUCCCAGAUCAAGUGUUUCUUCAAGAACUUUGGGUGGAGGUGGACAGCAAAUUCUGGUGAAUGUUGCAGGAACAUCUCUGCAUAAUGGGUGGGAUUCUGCUGAUGAGUCCACUGGAAAAUCUUAUCAUUUGGCCAGAAAACAUUCAAACGGAGAGGGAAACAGUUUUCAAGCAAAGGACAAUGAAGAAAAAUCUGCUAAAUGCACAGAUCAAAGGAAAAGUUGGUCCAAUUCAUGCUUAAGAAGCAUAGAAGGAAGAAAUCACAGUAGAAAAAGUUUUAAAGAGCCAAAAGCAUCAGAAACAAUAGAAGUUGAUGCUAUUAAUAAAAAGAAUGAAAUUCUUAAGGCAGAGGAUUGUGGAACACUCACUUUACAGUUUCUAGAUAAGGAAAGAACAGAUGUGUACUACAAAGAAAAUAGGAGUUUGAAAAGCCAUGGAUCUGGUACUCGACAUAGAACAGUCAACGACGAAAGAGCGGUGAAGAAGGGUUUCUAUAUAUAUGUUACAAACGGAAACUCUCAGAACUUUUCGACAAAGGAAGCAUGCAAAAACUUUAGUUUUGAAUCUCCUGGUCCUCCCAUAAAAGAAAGAAGCUAUCUUGCAUCGGAAAAGGGUGAUCAAAGAUUGCAACAAGAAGAUCGCAAAGCCCUAAGAAGCGUUAAUGAAAAUUGCGUGGAACUCGAGCAAUAAUUUCAGGAGGUCAACUUCCAAAAAAGCAGAUCAAAGAGAGGCAAAAGGCGAACCAGAAUUUGGAGAUUUUCAAUCUUUUGAAGCAAAUAUACAAACUGACGAAGAGAAUCACGUAUGUACCAUAAAAGAAGACCCAAUACAUCUAACAGAACAUUGGAAACCUACAAGAACUCAAUCAAGAAAAGUAGAUCAAAGAUUUGCGGAGGAAGAUAUCAUGACAACACGCUUCACUUCUAGAAGGACCAAUAAACCACGUGUAAACAAUCAGAGGGUCCAAGUUCCACCAUCAAGGAAAGCAGAAAAUUUAAAGAAGAGCCCAAAAGUACCACACCAAAAAGAUCAGAGGAUCAAGGAACCACCAUUGAAGAGAGAAGAAGAGUUCAAGAAAUGCCAAAAAUUACAAGCAGUGAAAGGCAAGAGGAUCACAGAUGCACAUUCCAAAGGAACAAAAGAUAUUAAUGGGAGUCCAGAACUAAUGGCAGUAAAAAAUCACAUAAUUAAAGAGCCACCCUUGGAGAGAGAGGAAGGGCUCGAAGGAAGCAUGAUACCUAAGGUUAGAAAUAACCAUUUGACACAGGGAACUAUCAAAGGAAAAGGAGUUGCAGAGAGCGAGGCAGUGGUGAAGAGAACAAUGGAUGCAGAAGGAGACUUUAGAGAAUCGAUGGUGGAGAUGAUCUCUCAGAAUGAGAUUGGAAAUCCAGAAGAGCUUGAGGAACUGCUGGCCUCAUAUUUAUACCUGAACCCAGAUGAAUACCAGGACGUCAUUAUUAGGGCUUUCAGGCAGGUUUGGUUACAAGUCCUUGAAAUAUCACGAAACAACUGAAAUGUAUCGGUCUUUUCUUUAAUCUCAAACAAUUGCAAUCGAUGGUGAAGAAUCAGAUUUGUAUUGCACUAGA